AUGGCCUCCAAAAAGAAUGCUGUCAAAUCAACACCAGCUCCACAACUUCUGGCAAUACUUGAGAAAUUCCUCGCAGAAAGUGGAAUGGAUUCAACACGAAAGGCCUUCACCAAAGAGUUGAAAAAGUUACAAACUUCUGCUGGCUGGGCCACACCACUUGUGGUGUCGCCGACCGUCAAGUUGGAAGACCUUUUAGAAUCCUGGAAUGACAGUGGAUAUGCUACUGCUGGAAGUCAAGAUGUCCGCAGAAAGACGUCUCUCAAGACUGACACAAUGAAAUCGUCAAAGGAUUCCAGCAGCUCAAGCAGCAGUGACAGCAGUUCGGACGACUCGUCCAGUUCCGAGCGAGCAGCGAAGACGAAGAAACAAAAAUCGAAAGUGGUCAAGAAGCAUGCCAAAACGCGUGCCGCCUCAUCAUCUUCGUCGUCAUCUUCCUCAUCGUCAUCUUCGUCCUCAUCAUCAUCGUCCUCCUCGUCUCCGUCCUCGUCCUCGUCCUCCGAGAGCGAUGCAGACGAUGAGAGUGACAGCAGCUCCAACUCAACAUCUACAACAUCCUCUGAAAAACCGAAAUCCAAGGUUGUCCCCACCAAAAGCUUGAAACGAAAGGCUGAGUCGAGUUCGUCCGAGUCCUCAGAAUCCAGUUCCGGCUCAUCUGAUGAUGAUAGUCGUCCAGUAAAGAGAACUAAAGUUUCCAACAUCUCUAAGAUUGCUGAAUCUUCAUCUCCGUCGAGUUCGGAAGACUCAGAUCUGUCUGAUACUCGAGCCGCAAAACUACUCAAAUCCGAAGAUAGUUCAUCAGCUGGCACCGACGACUCGAGUGAUUCCGAUGGAUCAUCUUCAGAUGAGAAACUCAACCCUGCUUCCAAAGGACUCAAGGACCCUAAGAAAGUACCUGCCGCCAGCGAGGGCUCAAGUGCUUCUUCAGGCACAGUCAUGGGUGACCAAACCGCAUCUGAAAGAUCCUCAGCUAAUGACGACGAGGUUGCAACAACUGCACCGACAUCUUCUUUCCAACAAGGAGGUCUCAAGAGAAAACAUGUUGGCGCAAAGCCAACACCACUAGCAGAGCUAUCUGCCAAAGCCACUGCAGAUAGUCAUAUCAGCAAUGCUUACCGCAGUUAUGACUAUGCAGAGAAGGCAUACCAAGAUCUAUCAGUUACUCGUGGAAAAGGCUUCACCAAAGAGAAGAACAAGAAGAAGCGGGGAAGCUAUCGUGGAGGAGCCAUUGACAUUAGUGGUGGCAAAGGUUUCAAAUUUGAAGACUGA